UCCGUGGAUAUCAAAAACAGUUGAUUUUCGGCAAGCGGUUCGCGAACAUGUUCGUCGCUUGUGGUGAGCGAAUAUUGCAUUGAAAACAAAAACAACUGCCUCAGUUUAUGUUGAUGCUUGAAGUGUGUGCAUCGGCGGAAAGAAUGAACUUCAGUCAGAAACUAAUAGUGCAAUUACUUGAGUGCUUAAAAAACGAGCCAGCAUUAUGGCAAAUAAAAAAUGAAAAUUAUAAAAACAAAAUCGAAAAAACCCUUGCAUGGGAUAGAAUUUUAGAAACUUAUAGAAAAAGUGAUCCCCAUGCCACAAUAGACGAGCUUAAAAAGAAAAUUGCUUCACUGCGUGCAUCGCACAGGCGUGAACUUCAAAAAAUAAGAAAAACGAAAAGAUCUAGAGCUGGCGCAGAUGCUAUUUAUGUACCAUCGUUAUGGUAUUUUGAACACCUCGAUUUUUUGCGUUACCAGAAGAACCGAAUCGAAGGAGCUGCUACUUCUGACAAAUCUUCUAUACUGAAAAGUCGCUUGCAGCUUUCUUCCUCUCUUGGGCAUUUCUUGGCACCGAUAAAGCUGGGCACAAUUCCCAGCGAUUUGUGCCUAGUCCGUAGCACACACACUGUACACAAAUCCAUAAAGCAUCAUUUCGCUGCGAUCGUCCUACUGUUAACAUGGGAAACAAAAAAGCGGACGACACGAUUGAGCUUGCAGUUAUUUACAUUGCAUCAAGAAAAAAAAACGAAAAAAAGGAAAACAGCCCAACACGUCCAAGAAAAAGGAAAGCAGAUGCAUUUUCGGAGCGAGCAGUGAGACAUUUAGAGAAAUCUGAAGAUCAGUCGAUGAGAGACGAAGCUGUCAUUUUUGCAGAUGGGUGGGCAGUGCAAUAUCGCAAACUAGACGAAGAUCAAAAAUUGUUUGCAAAACGCAUUAUUGAUGAUGCCCUGCUUAAAGGCCAGCUGGGUCUUCUUACUUACAACAGUCUCGUGAAAAUAGAACAAAAUCAUUUAACGGAAGAUCCACGCCCUUUUUACAGUUCGAGCUCUUAUUCUACCCAGAAUUCACUAUAAUUUCUUCACCAUAACCGCAGCAAAAUAUUAAGAAUGGAAAAAGGAAAAUUAUUUGCCGAAAUUGUUUAGUUCAAA